AUGCCGAAGUCGAGCUCGUUUCUUCGUACUGCAGCAAGUACUAUCUUUAGUUUACCAUAUUGGAUAGUCUACCAUGCUUGGACAGCUUUCCUCUUCACUAAGUCUGAUAUCAAGACAACACUCAUGCCCAUCACCUGUCUUGCGGCAGCCUCCGCCCCGCUGGCUUCAUUUUCUCGACUUCCACCAACAAUGUUCUGGAUCUGGCUGCAGUUGCUUCAGUUCGACGUUUCGAAUCAGACCCUUGACCCCGAAGAAGACGAACAUAAUAAAGCAUAUCGUCCUCUUCCUGCGAAGAGACUUUCUUUACGCACAGCAGUGAUACUCAGAUGGGUCCUGCCACUUGUCUGCUUUGCAUGGAGUGCGACAUAUAGCAAGGAAGUGCUGUAUGCGAGUAUUGCGAACUGCGUCUUGACGUAUGUAUACGAUGAGAUGGGCUAUGCAGCUGGACACUGGGUCGGAAGGAACAUUGUGAAUGCACUUGGGUUUGCAAGCUUUGAGGUUGGCGCGUGUUUGAUAGCUGGAAAGAAUACUCAUUCCCUGGACACUGUAUCUUGGCUUUCCGUCCUUUGCAGUGCUGGAAUUUUUGCAACGACAAUCCAGGCACAAGAUUUCAAGGACGCUACUGGUGAUGCACUUGUUGGCCGGCGCACGCUUCCCCUCGUCCACCCCACGAUUGCGCGCCCAACACUGCUCGUUGCUCUUGCGAUCUGGAGCGUAGCAUUGAGUAUAAUCUGGGGUCUUAGCGGCGAACUGUCCCUUCUAUUCAAUGUAUUUGGUGCAGCCGUUGGGGGACGUUUCCUGCUGAAGACAAGCACCAAAGCGGAUCAAAGAAGUUUCUACUUGUACAAUGUAUGUGCUCGGCCAUUUUUAUUUUUUACAUAA